CCACGUCCUUGCUGGCAUUCUGCCCUCCUUGAUCCAGAACGCUCGUUCUCCCCAUACUUGGACCUCCCGCCUAUAUUCUAGCCUGCCUUAAUCCUCAGUAUGGCACCCAAAGCUGCUGCGUCCGAGAAGCCUGCCAGGAAGACCAAGUCCUCGGGUGGUGGAGGCAGGAAGAAGCUGAGCGCGUUCAACAAGUUCAUGCAGUCUGAGAUGGCUCGCCUGAAGGACACCGACCCGGAAAUGUCCCACCAGGAACGGUUCAAGCUAGCAACGUCCAACUGGAAAACCGCGAAAGAAAACCCCCGUGCUACAGCUGCCUGAUUGUGGUCGAAGCCGUGCAUGCCCCCUUGCCUCAUGCCCAGCUGACGCUCGACUGACCCUUGGCGAGCUCAGAGCUGCGCCGUGUCCUUGCCGAUCUUUGAAUUUGACUAGUGUUUGCAUGCUCUAUUCUUAUUGAUAAAACGUUGCUUCCUGUCUGUACUUCGUCUUGCUUUCCAGGCCUGUUGCCUGCCUUUGGAACAUUUUCUUUGUCGUCCGGGGUUGUGUUGCUGAUCAAUAAUUCCAACGUAUUCACGUCGAUAGUCGUUCUUUGAUAUAAUUUUGUUUGCAAACAAGCAGGGGGUAAUAAUGCUCACGGCGGGGGCGCAUAUGAUGACAUCGCGACUUGGAAGCACUACAGGCAUGUGUCCAUGAUGGCGUGGGAAAUUCGUACGCGGUGGGGUAUAGACAGGCCCGCUGGUCCGUCUCUGCAUUUAGCUGGUGCAGGUCAUCUCGCUA